CAACGAAAUCUUGAAGAGUUGCACGGAGGUGCAAGCCAUAUUUAACUCUCCCAAGUUAAUGUGGGUUGGACUGAGAAACUGCUAAACCAAACCUGUAAUAGGACUGAUUAUUUGGGUGUUUCUCUUUGCCAGUGUUGCUUCUUGCUGUUACAUUGCUUCCUCUGUGUUGCCUUUCUAGGCCCAGAUGUUCUCAGAUAAUUCACAUUGCCCUGACUGUGGACAGCAGUGGUUCCCUAGUUUAGAACUAGGCCACUGGUUGUACCAAACCGAACUUGUUGAAAAUGAAUGUUAUCAAGUCUUCUUAGACCGUAUUAACAGAGCUGAUUAUUGCCCUGAGUGUUAUCCUGAUAAUCCUACUAAUAGAAGCCUUGUUCUUCCUUGGUCUUUCCCACUUGAGUGGGCUCCCCAAAAUCUCACCAGGUGGACUUUUGAAAAAGCUUGCCACCCAUUUCUUCUGGGUCCACCCCUGGUUAGAAAAAGGAUACAUGACUCCAGAGUAGCUGGUUUUAACCCUGCAUUACAGUUAAUCUUGACCAGAACAGACAAAACCUUAAACAAAAAGCUUGGCCAAAACAAGUAA